AUGACCCGUCUGCCCCUCCCCAUCCCUUCCCCCAUCCCACCUUCCUACGAACCCAAGACCUCUCUCCGCACCAUCCCCGCUACCACCCCCAUCGAAUACAUCUUAUCCAUCCUCUGGCGCGACGGCGGCGUGAUUCUCUCCGACUUCAUCCCCAAAGAAGAACUCACUGCCAUCGACACCGAAAUCUCCCCCUGGAGCAGCACCAAACGCCGUUCCACCACCACUACCACCAAUGGCCCCAGCGACGCCUUUUCCACCAUACCUUCCCAAACAACUCUUAUCCCCGGCCUAGUUGGCAAAUCCCCCACCAUGGCACGGAUCUGCUCUGGAAACCCCACCCUCGAAGCCCUUCGCACCCGUAUCCUCGUGGACGAAUUCACCAUCAACCGCGAAGACAGCGUUGAACCGAACCGCCUCGAUCCCCUACUCAGUCUCAGCGUGGCCAUGAAUAUUGGGUACGGGGCGCCGCGCCAACUUCUCCACAGAGACGAUAAUGUGCACCACAUUCGCCACGGAUGGAAGAAUGAGUGGAGCUUCGACGAGGUGAGUCAAUUUGGGUGUCUGAUUGCUGGAUGUGAUGUGAGUAGGGAGAUGGGGGCUACGAUGUUUGUGAAGGGAAGUCAUCGGUGGGGUGAUGAUAGGUGGGCAGAGGUGGAUGAUCGGAGGGAGGUGUGUUUUGCGGAGAUGAAGGCCGGCUCGGCAUUGAUCUUCCUUGCGUCGGCGUUCCAUGGUGGUGGACAUAACUCGCUUCCUGAUACGGUGAGGAAUAUGUACGGGUUGUUCUUUGUGAGGGGACAUCUCCGGACAGAAGAGAAUCAGUUUCUGGCUAUUCCGAGAAGUGUCGUGACCGGGAUGAGUCCGAAGAUGUUGGAGUUGCUAGGGUAUAAGAAGCCGACGACGGCGUUGGGGAUCGUGGAUAAUAUGAGUCCACACGAGGAUGUGGAGGGGGUUUGGGCGAGGGUUGUGCAGUAAUGUUUCUCUGCGAGGUUGAGUUAUUCCUUUGUCCGGGAUAUAUACUUUCUGGAAUUGUCGAUUUUCAUCCUCGUGUUCCAUUGAACCAUUCGUAGUCAUGAAUAUAUGGUAUUCUCUGUGAAUUUAGUCAGCCACAUUGGUUCCCAGAGGUACUACACAAUUGAUGAGAUCUUUGCCCUUGGAACAAUCAUCUAUGAAAUUGACGUUGGGCAUCCAAUGUAUGCUGAUAAACCUAGCAGAGAAAUCAGAAAGUUACUACAUCAGCAUACCCUUCCAGACCUCGAUACUGUUGCGCCUGAUAUGCGGGUGGUCAUCAGAAAAAGUUGGUCAGAUAGAUACAGGUCCGCAGAUGAAGUCAUAUGUGACUUAUUAAAAGUACGCUACUAAGUAAAACCACACUACUUGGCCCCACUGACCCUCUUUUGGGUGUGACGGACCGCGGAUAUCUACUCCACCUGAUCCAUACUACAGUACUACCUAAGUACUUUAACCUAG